AUGCGAGAACCUGCUCAACUUGGUUUAUUCACCGUCCUCGAGUCAGAAGAAGAUUUACGUAUCAACAGUCCUAAUUUCGACUCUCGUUCUAUGAUAUUAGACUCACCUUCACCCGUUCCAUCAUCUGAUAUCUUCCCUUCUCCUUCUCCUUCCCCUUCUCCAUCAAUUUCAUCCUGGCAUGAGUACAGCGCAGUCGAACGGUACCGAAGUUCCCCAAUGGACGUUCCUAAAGACAUCGAUGAAGAUAUGGAAGAAGACGAAAGGUUAAACAGACUAUCCUGGUCAAGUAACAGUAGCUCAUCUACAACGACAACUACUACAACGACAACUACUACAACGACAACUGAGGGUGAAACGGGAACUGAUUGUGACAGUAAUAAAGGAUUAAAUACACCUUUAUUCGAAAAUGAAGAUCCUUUCGGUGGAUGGUCAACAGUUCCUCUAUCUGACGAAUUCGAAUUUGAUGUAGAAAUGACAGAAGAUACUAUUGGUGGAAAACUGUUUUCACCAUCUCCUUCUUCCUCUUCUUCUGCAUUCAUGUCGAGACGACCUACAUUUGCAGAAUCGAUUGCAUUUGGCAAAAAUCAAAAUCGUCGACCACCUCCAUUAACACUUUCAACUAGAUUCUUAACUCCACCUUCAAAUUGUACUCCAACAUCAUCAUCAUCAUCGAAUCUGCUCAGUGCCAUUUCAACUACAUCAACAGCUGAAUCAGAUAUCAUCUUAACUCCUAGAACUGCCAGUUCCCCUCACAAAUCAAACGCAAACGCAAUUGCAGAUCUUUUACCUGCUUUACCGAUUAUCUCAUCUAUCGAAUGGGAAUCCCGAAAGAUGAACUCACUUUCUCUUCCUUCGACACCUACUAAACGUGGACACGUUAAAUCGAGAUCAUCAAAAAGGAAAUCACCACACGAUAACAUAGAUCUAACGAUGGCACUGAAAGAUCUUUUAGCUUCUUGUGGUGAGAAAGUUGAUUCAGAUUCAGAAUUCUCUUGUCCUGCUUCCGUCUCAGGAUCAAACUCUUAUUCAGGCUCGAGCUCUAGAUCAAGUUGCUCAGGUUCUGAUCGUGAACAUGACGAUUUUCAAGCUAAAUCAUUGAGAUUCCCAUUACCACCUUCCAGGACUCAAAGUCAUCAUUUCAGCUUGAACGCCGAUAAAGUUAAUCUUCGUACACCAUCACCUAGCAAGAGAAGGGCUUCAACGCCAUACGCACCAAAGAAGGAAAGGAAGGGAAGGGCUACUCUUCAAUCUUCUCCAACAGCUUUCAAAGGUGAUCAUUCGUUCUUGGCUUCAUUGUCCAUGGGUGAAGAUGGAAAUUCCAGUUCAACAAGUUCUACAACGAGUUCUUCUUCUAGAAAGAGCCUUCCUGGUAGAAGAUGUUUACCAACUGAAUGGAUGAGGUUUUGA